AUGGAAGACGCAUCCGACGACAUCCCGGACACGAAGGUCGGCCAGUGGCCAAAGUGGACAGCAACGGGCGCACCGACGCAAAAAGGCACUGCCUUGAGGGUUGAAAAGAACGCUUGGGAGACGCAGAGACUGUGCAUUAAUCAGUCUGCAGGCUCCCGCGCCGAGACCACCGAAGCCAACAAAGUGGACGGCCGAGGACGAUUCCGCACUCGAAGACGCUUUCCAAAUGGCAGAGGCGCGGCACGCAGCCUAAUUCAGCCGCGCAGCUCCUCGAUCAAUGCGGCUGCAGGCGGAAAGGGUCACCGCAAAAGCUUUGUCGGAGCAAUCCGAUUCAGAUGCCGCGGUGGGCCCUCCUCAUGGACAUCGCGGCGCUGCAGCACGACGGGGCGGCCGAAAGAACAACCGCCACCGCGACUGCAAGCGACAACAACCAUCCAGCAACGCUUGCAAGAAGCACCGCUGGACGACUUCGUGCAGAACCGACUGCGCGACGAGGAGGAGCACUUUCGGGGCAUGCUGACCAUGAAGAAGAUGACGGGCGACGGCAACUGCAUCUUCCACGCGCUCGCGGAGAAAAGCGGCGAGAACGGGGUCCACCUGCGCUCCCAGAUCAUCCAGUACCUGAAGGAGAACGCGGCGUCCCAAGAGCACGAAGAGCAAGUGGAAGCCUGGUUGGAGGAAGCCGAACACCUCGAAAGCAACCCGAGUAACUGGGGCGGCGACACGGCCAUCGUCGCCUUCACCCUCAUGAGACAGCAGCAAGCGUUCCUGCACUGCCGGGCGUCGGACGGCGAGAUCUGCACGAGCGAGCGCACGCAUGUGGAAGUGCGCGAAGAGGCCCGACGGCACCCCCACGCAGUACCGAACGUCUAUUAUCACGCAAUCCACCUCUGGUUCAACGGGAAGGACCACUACGAUGUGCUCGUGCCCAUUGACCAGAC